AUGAACCCAUUACGCUUGUAUUACACUAAUUUGGAGCUGGUAGAAAAUCAGAGCAAAAAUACUGGGCAUGAUGUGUACCACUACCCCUUUGUCGUGAACGAAGGUUUAAACUCGAGUAGUAUAUCCAACGAAUAUGGUAAUCAAAUAAUGGACUCGUUUUGGAAUACAAGUCCGGACUCAUAUUGUACGUACGACGAAGGGGAUAGCAGGGCAAUUUUUGAAAGCGGUUUAUCUACUCCUCCGACGAAGCAACGUUUUCAUGAUGAUGUCAAUACCUCUGAUACUAAUACGCCUGCAGGUUCGUCCGCCUCGUACGCUCAUGAGCCUUUUGACUUUAAAAGCAUUAAGCUGCGGUAA